UCGGCGGUUAUUCAUCCUUUUUUUUCCUAUAAAUACCCACUCUUUCCACUCAUUUUUCAUCAUCAAACAACACCCAAAAACACACACACUCACACUCAUGGCAACAACACACAUCGACUCUCUCUGGCUUUUUGCACUCGCUUCUAAAUCUAAAUACACUUAUUCCAUCAACUUGUUCCUCUUUAUUACCAUUUUUGCUCUAGCAUGUUGUGUUAAGAUCUUGUUCCAAUGGGCUCGACCCGGUGGGCCCGCUUGGUCCAAACCCAACCGUAAAUCCACCAUCCCAGGCCCAAGAGGCUACCCCUUCAUCGGUAGCAUGCACCUCAUGACCGGUCUCGCCCACCGUAAGCUCGCUGCAGCCGCAAACUAUUGCGGUGCGAGCCGGUUAAUGGCGUUCAGCUUGGGCGAGACGCGUGUUGUGGUCACGUGCAACCCUGAGGUGGCUAAAGAUAUUCUUAACAGUUCGGCUUUCGCUGACCGUCCGGUUAAGGAGUCGGCUUAUAGGUUGAUGUUUAACCGAGCCAUCGGGUUUGCACCUUAUGGUGUUUACUGGCGGACGCUACGACGGAUUGCGGCCACUCAUCUUUUCUGUCCGAAGCAGAUUAAUGUUUCUGAACGGCAGAGGACAGUUAUUUGUUCUCAGAUGGUGGAGAUGUUACAAAACCAAAAGAAGACAACUUCGUCCGUGUGUGUUCGUGAGGUGUUGAAGCGAGCUUCGUUGAGUAACAUGAUGUGGUCAGUGUUUGGUAGGAAGUAUCGGGUCGACUCAAACGAUGUUGAUUCGGUUGAGCUCAGGAAGCGUGUGGAUGAAGGGUAUGAUCUUUUGGGUGUGCUUAACUGGACUGACCAUCUUCCUUGGUUGUCCGAUUUUGACCUCCAAGGGGUCCGGUCCAGGUGCUCCAAACUUGUCCCUAAAGUUAACCGGUUUGUGAAACGAAUCAUCGACGAACACCGAGAUCAACCUUCACAUGUGAAUAGUGACUUCACCGACGUCUUGCUAUCGCUGGACGGGUCGGACAAGUUAUCCGAACCGGACAUGAUCGCGGUCCUUUGGGAAAUGAUAUUUAGAGGAACCGACACGGUAGCAGUGCUGAUAGAGUGGAUCUUAGCAAGGUUGGUGUUACAUCCUGAUGUACAACAAAAGGUUCAAGAAGAGCUUGACCGGGUCGUGGGUAGGUCGCGUGCGGUGACAGAAACCGACAUCACUAGUUUGGUUUAUCUACCCGCGGUGGUGAGAGAAGUUCUGAGGCUACACCCACCAGGCCCGUUGUUAUCGUGGGCACGUCUAGCCAUCACGGACACGAUAAUCGACGGACAUCACGUGCCAGCUGGCACGACUGCAAUGGUGAACAUGUGGGCCAUCACCCGGGACCCACAAAUCUGGAAUGGCCCACUAGAGUUUCGACCAGAGAGGUUCUUGAACAAAACAGAAGGGUUGAUGGAUAUGUCGGUUAUGGGAUCUGACUUGAGGUUGGCUCCGUUUGGGUCGGGUCGGCGAAGUUGCCCCGGGAAGAGCCUUGGGCUGGCGACGGUUAGCUUUUGGGUGGCGUCGUUGUUGCAAGAGUUUGAGUUUGGGAGGUGCGAUGGGUACGAUGUCGACUUGUCAGAGGUGUUGAAGUUGUCUUGCGAAAUGGCGAACCCACUUUGUGUUACCUUGCGAUCGAGACCAAGGUCCACCACACUUAAUCGUGAGGUCUAGAAAAACAUAAUAUGAAACGAAGGAAAAAAAGGGACUAGACAGUGUGCCAAUUAAGUUAAUGACUUUGGGUUUUAGUUAUUAUGUUUUAAAGGUUUCUUUUAAUGUAUUGUAAUUUUAUUUUGGAUGUAUAUACUCUAUGUAAAAUAAAUAAAAUAUUGUUUUUUUUCUUAUU